CGCACGCUCGCUCACACACACCGCAGAGGAAGAAUGGGAGCGUUGAUGGUGAUCUUCUCUCUUCAGCCCAAGCAGAGAACCAAGAGGAAAGACAGCGUGGAGGAUGAGCUGGAGAUGUCCACGGUCCGGCAUCGCCCCGAGGGCCUGGAGCAGCUGGAGGCGCAGACCCGCUUCUCCCGAAAGGAGCUGCAGAUCCUCUACCGGGGCUUCAAAAACGAAUGUCCGAGCGGGGUCGUGAACGAGGACACCUUUAAAGACAUCUAUUCACAGUUCUUCCCGCAGGGAGAUGCAUCGACAUAUGCACAUUUUCUGUUCAAUGCAUUCGACACGGACCACAAUGGCUCUGUGAGUUUUGAGGACUUUGUUAUGGGUCUCUCGAUUCUGCUGCGAGGUUCAGUCCAAGAAAAGCUCAACUGGGCGUUUAAUUUGUAUGAUAUUAAUAAAGAUGGAUAUAUAACUAAAGAGGAAAUGCUAGACAUAAUGAAGGCUAUUUAUGAUAUGAUGGGAAAAUGCACAUAUCCAAUACUGAAAGAUGAAGCACCCAGACAGCACGUGGAGAUUUUCUUUCAGAAAAUGGACAAAAACAGGGAUGGAGUGGUGACCAUAGACGAGUUUAUCGACUGCUGCCAAAACGAUGAAAAUAUAAUGCGAUCGUUGCAGCUCUUUGAAAAUGUCAUUUGACUUGAGGUCGGCUCAGAACGUCUCUGUCGCCGGUCCCCCCCCCACCACACCCUCCUGCCAUAUCUCCAUCACUUUCUUAAAAACAGCGUUCCGCUCCGUACCCCAUACUGGCACCAUCAGCAGCACCCUGGGAAGGAUGUGUCUGUGUAUUAUGCAAAAAUGACGCUUGUCUGGCCAUUUUGCUCUUUUAUGAUUGUUGUUUUUCUUUUAUGUUUUUUUUUUUUUUUUACAAAAGAAAACAAAAGCUUUUUGUAGGCUGCUUUUCAGUUUAGACCUUCUGCCUUUUCCGUUAAUAGAUAUGAAAGACUAGAGAACUUUUAAAUGUCUGAACGCGCUGUAUAUUUCAGCAUUCACGCUUCUACUGUUCAGUUUCAGUUUGAUCAACCGAAGCUCUUCGUCUCUUGACUGUGUAUUGCUAUUAGAACAUGACCGGUUUCUAGCAUGUACCAAACUGUUAUUUUUUUUUGUUUUGUAAUUACAUUUUAGCUUUUGGAGUAUCACUCUUUCAUUUAGUCUGUGAAUUAUAAUGUGUUUUAUGCGACAGGCCAGCCUCAGAUCCAGAAAGCUGCUUGUUUAGAUCAGAGUGACUCGACUCCAGGUCCAGAGGGCCACAGUGUCAGUAGAUAUUCACUCCAAACAUGCACUACCCCCACCAAUUUUCACUAACGACCUUACUUCCCGAACCAGGAAGGUAAAGUAAUUGGUGAAAUCUGGUGGUGUCGUGCAUGGUUGGAGUGAAUACCUGCAUUCGUGUUUUAGAAUGUGAACAUCUACUUCCUGGUUUGCCCUGCUUCAAUAGGGAUGUCAGAACUGACUGGGCCAGUGUGAUUGAUGGAGUGGGAUGGAGUGGCCACCAAAAACUGGAGUGUGUUUGAAAGCCUGUGCAAAUAUACCUGUCCCAGCCACUGGAAAUACCUUCAGGCCAGUUCAUUUUCAAUAUUCAACUCAAUGGUGCAGUUCUGCAUUUUUAAAAAGCCUUGAUUAAUUCAUUCGAAUGGCAGCGUGUCAGGUUUUUUCCACGUUAUGAUGUAUCUUUAGUUUCAAAUUCCAAGACUAAUGUGCUUCCCUUUUCGCCCGAGGCAAGUCCCCGUUUCCGUUGGUUACCGUACCUACUUAUUUCUUCUCAUACCUGGAAUUAAAAUUUUACAUUCCCAAAUAAAAUAAAAAAUGUAAAAGUGGGACUCGAUACAGUUUCAUAUUAACUGUGUCACGUCUGAUUUUUGUCAGCGUCUGGAGAGGUAGUAAAAUUUGUCCUUCAGGCAAAGGGUGCAGAUUUGCUCUGGUAACAGCUAACCGCCUGUAUGUCUGCACUGUGCACUCCACUGCAUUGUCUCUUUCAGCUUACAGACCGCUCUCCUGUCUAGCUGCCUGCAGCAUUGGGUAUUAGACAACCUUUUAUUUGUGUAUGUACACUUUUUUUUUAUUUUUAUACUACGAAAGAAAGAUUUUCAUGUCGGCCAACAGAGAAGUACAGCAUAAUGCUCAGAGUUUUGGUUGAUCAAAUUGAAGCCUUGUGGUUUAAUGUGGCAGUCUGGAACUAGCGCUCAGUAGAACGGUUAUGGAACCCUCUGAUGUGACUGUCCAUGGAUGCAUGAACCCGGGACUCUGGCCUUUUACUAAAACCUUUUUCCUCGUGAGUCGGGUCCAUUACUGCUUUGGCAUUUGUGUUUUUGUAAGCUGAGCUGUCUGCUUUCUGUUCUGCAAUACAACCAAGUCACAAGCACAAACUGCGCGAACUCGCUGUGUUUAAAAGUUGUCUCACAACAACGCAAUGACCAUAAUUUAUGUGCUUUGUAUAUGACAUCAUUGUGGGCUACUUUUGAGCUUACAUUAUGUACGUUAUUCCCCUAAGGACUUUCUUUGAUCAUGCUGCUCGGUAAGAACUUUCAGAUGGAGUACUGCACCUAGCUUGAGCAGAGUCGAGGAUUUGAACCCGUGUCCCUCUCUCUGUAAGUUCUGUUCCCUCGGCAUUAACCCACCCUGUUGCCUGUCUACAGUCAACACCUCCCUUCGGAUGUAAUUUGAUUUUGUGUGCCCGUACUAAUUCUUUCUGGAAGGGCAUUGUGAAACCCCCGGAAUGUCUUUGCUUAAAGCUUGACUUUCGAACCCCUGAACAGCGACACAUUUCGGCCCAGGAACUGAAAACGAAAUGGACUGCUGGCACUGUAUAGUUCCAAGAAGUGUAUAUAACAUUAUAUAUAUAUAUAAACUUUAAAUGACUUGAAACUCUGUUCAUAAUGACUUUCCAAAUAGAAUAUCCUGUAUUCCCCGUUUGAUUUCCGUUGUCAUGUUGGAUAAUAGAUGUUCCAGUAGAAGCACACAGGUAGUUUGAUUUACCUCAAGUAUGCAAUGAAUGAAAUGAUACUCUACCAUGUAGAAUGAGGCUGGUUUCUUAACUUUACAUGUGUAUAUUUCUUGUAUAUUAUAAUUUGUCUCCAUCAUAUUUAUGUAUGUUAUUUUUAAGUACAGAUGACAUUCACAGAAUCCUUUAAAAGCAGAACCCUUUGAUUUUCUUUCUAUGGAUACUUCUUGUAAAAACAGGUGAUAGGCUACAUGUACAUCUUAAUGAAGAGAGAGCUGGUAUUCUGGUUCAUUCCGUGUACGGGAAUUGAUUUCCGCAUUUGCAGUGGAUUUGCACUAAGCUCAUUCAUUCUCUGGCACCCCCUCCCCAAAUACAUCUCACAGCCAAUCCCAGCCCAGAUUCUCAUUAAGAUUGAUUAGCCACUGCUGUCUCCGAUUAGGGCAUUUAUUAGUUUGGGGAAAUCAGACUGAAAGGAAAACUAAUUGGCAGGGGAUGAACGUGGAUGAGAUUCGCUCAGCAGUGGUGCAUUCUGGGUAACCGAUUCACACCUCAUUGGCUUUCCUGGCCUGCAGCUUCAGGAAGUCACUGAUGCAUCCUUCAGUUUUAAAAAGACUCAUUCAGAUCCUGGCCAUUGGCUCCAAUGAUGUGAAAACCAAUCGUCUGGGAGAAAAUAACUAAAAACUGUGAAAAUUUAUUGCGAAUAUGGAAUGGAACAUACGGAAUUGGUAGGAGGAGCAGAGAUAUGCUCCGUAGUAAACAGUGAAGUUCUGUGGGAAGCUGAGGACCCGUAUAAUCCUAACUGCUGUAGUGUACAGAAUCCUUCUAGUUUCAUUGGCAUGUAUGAAAGUACAGAGUGAAAUGAAGGCAAGUCAUUAAAGACUAAACAUUACAAUGGCGACACCUACUGGUAGGUUUUUUUUAACACACAUUUUCCAGCCAUAUACUUGCCUAGUUGAAGGAGAGUAAUCAUUCGUUUAAAUGCCAUUUCGGAAUACUGACAUGUCUCUCACGGAGAGGACGGUGGAUCCAUUUCUCGUCAUACGGCUAAUUUACAUUGAAAGUAUGUUUUAUAGAAUUUCUUUUGUAGCCAUGUGAAAUAUUAGUUAUCAUCAUCAGACACCAAUGUGCAAAUAUCCACAACAAAACAAUACAGGGGGGUCAGACGACUGCCAACCCAACAACAUAUUUCGUUUAGCCCAAAUAUAUUUUUUUGAGGAGACUGCAGACUGCAUCAGGGAAAGGCAGAAGCCCAGAACACACGCUGCUAUAUUAGUGAGGACCGUUGAGCCUCCCUGACCCGAGUGCAGAAGCGUAUUGUCAGCAGCAGCUGGGUUCACAGAGCGCUGAUCGCAUAGGUCCAGAACAAGACCCCGAAGGUCCGGAACGCAAACCCCUCAAAAAAAAACCUUUCUCAUCUGACCCCCAUCCCAACCAACCUCUGGGCACAAAAUGCCCUUUUGAAACGACUGUCUUAGAUCUUUAUUCAUCGCCGAACCUGGCAUUAGAGAUUAGGUGAGAGGGGGGGGGUGAUAAUUUAAAAAGAGUAAUAAAAAAAAAAUUGUUCUGAGAAACCGUGUGAAGAUUCUGCGUCGACACGUUUGCCUGUUUAGAAUGAGGGGUAUUUAAACUGAGGGGCUUGUGGGAGCCUUCACUGUUCUGCGGAGAUCCUUAUGAGAAGACUGCCCUGCUAGCACCAGUGCGUAGCUAUUACCAGAGUAGUCACCUUGAUGUACACUUGAGUUUACGGUCAUGUCUUUGUGUUAUUAGAUGUGUACAUUUUAUAACAAAGAUUCAAUAAAACAGCUCAGAAUGUC